AUGGAGUCAGGGAUUGGACUCCACAUCGCCCAGGACCUUGCCCGCAGGAGGGCGCGGGUAAUCCUGGCGUGCCGCAGCGAGGAGCGGGGAAGGAAAGCCGAGCGUGAGAUCCGCCGCUGCACGGGGAAUGGGCAGGUCCACUUCCGCCUGCUGGACACCAGCUCCAUGCGGUCGGUGCGGGCAUUCGCCCAGCGGGUCAGAGAGGAGGAGCAGAGGCUAGACAUCCUGGUCAACAACGCAGCUGCCUCCGGGCUACUGCCAGCGGUCACUGCUGAGGGUCUGGAGCUGACCAUCGCCACCAACUACCUGGGCCCCUUCCUGCUGACCAACCUGCUGCUGGACCUGGUGAAGAAGUCUCCGGCAGCUCGGAUCAUCAACGUGUCCUCCAUGAACCACCGGCGAGGGGAGGUGAAUCUGCGGCAGAUGCGGGGCGAGGACAUGGGCACUGCCCGCAACGACCAGCUCUACAACAACACCAAGCUGAUGAACGUGCUCUUCACCCACAAGCUGGCCACCCCGCUCCAACACCCCGGUGUGACGGUGAAUGCGGUUCACCCCGGGGUGGUGGUGACAGAGAUCAUGAGGAACUACGGACUGCUUCUGAGGAUCAUCUUCAACCUGAUUGGGUUCUCCUUCUUCAAGUCAGCGGAGGAGGGAGCAGUCAGUCCCAUCUACUGCUCCGUGUCACAGGAGAUGGAGGGAGUGAGCGGCAAGUACAUCGACAGUGACUGCUCCCUCUGCCUGCCCUCCCCCUCGGCCCAGGACCUCCGCCUGGCCACCAAACUCUGGGAUGUCAGCAGCUCCCUCACUGGCCUGGAGAUGAAGGGGCGCGGGGAGACGGAAUAAUGGGAGAUUGAGGGGCGCAGGGUGACGGAACUACUACACAAAUAAAUAUAUAUCAAUCAAUAAUAUAAUAAAUGAACAUGCUAAUGGUUGGUGACCACAACAGUGCAGUCUCGAGGUCCGUAGUGCUCAACCUGUUGACACAAUCUAUUGACGAUCACAGUUGCUGAGGUCAGUGUUGUGCCGUGUACAAGAGCAGGGCUCUCGCUUAACUUUUUUCCCUGUUGCCAGCCGGGCAACCUUGGCAGCUUUUUAGGUUGCCAAAUGACAUUUUAGGUGGUCAUUUAAGAUGGCUUGCAUGACGCGUGCUCGGAUGAAGUGCGCAGUUACGUAGGAAUUAUGCAUUCACAUUAUUUCUGCUUCAAAUAAAGUCACAAACUAACAUAUUCACCAAUCAAGACAUGAUAUAUACAAUGACAUGCAGCAAAAUUAUAUUACGGUAUCUCAACUCUUUUUACACAUUGCAAUUAAUGCAAUUUUUAUUAUUUCUUUCCACUUCCAAACAAAAAUGUGGUUGGAUUAUUCAGCGUAUGAUCAACUUGUGUCAAUAAAUCCUGGACCUUGAUAACAUAUAUGCUUAACCAUGCACACUACAAGCCUGUUUUCUGUGAAGGACUGAACAUUAUCAUGACAUGGCCAUAGCAUGGGUCGUUAUUGCUAUUGGUACAGAAACACUCUCGCUUCCCACAUAAUUUAUCCACAACAAAAUAUACAGGUUGCAAGGAAUUUUCUAAAGGCAUUUUAUGAUUAUAGCUGACAAAACUGACUAUACCCAUCUGACAUUACACUAACUAACAAGAGAUGGCCAAAGAACAUAAAUGCAGCAAAUAUUUGGUAAUAUAUUUAAAGAUGUCAAGAUGCCACAUUACCAGACAUUCAGAUUAGAUGUAUGUGGCAAUGAAGAUACCCAGUUUGUAAGCACCAUUUUAAAAAAAAAUUGUUGAAAAGCGCUUUUUCCAUCAGUCCCACUUCAGAAUUAACGUUAAAAUUUCAACUGAAAUAUCCCGACCAAAUUUGUGAUGUAUAUGACUGACUGUAGAAGUAAAACCUGGAUAAAUCCAAGGUAUAGU